GGCGACUCCUGUGCUGAUUUCUGCUGAUGAAGAAAAUAACCGAUUUAGGAGCGGUUGACAGGGCAGGAAACGGUCAGAGUUGGGAGAAAACAAGAAAGAACUGUACUACUUCCGUGUACGUCACAUGUUAUGGACUUCGAUUUCACAAAGAUGAGGAAAUUGCAACUGGAAGAAGUCGUGUCUACUGUCAAGAUGCUUGUGACACGAUGAAGGAGACCAACAUGCCCAUUUCAAACUCCAGAAUUAAGGACUUACCAGUGAUACAGUGUUCACUUAAUUGUAAUUUUUUUUCCCGCCCCAAACGACUUGGUUAAUUUAUUCAUUCAUCCAUUCAAGAAGCCUAUGCAAGGACUGAGAAUGUAGCUCAGUGGCAGGGCUUUUGCCUGGCAUGUGCGAGGAGGCUCUAGGGUCAGUCCCCAGUCCCAGUGGGCGGUGGUGAGUUGACUGCUGUGCUUCUGCUCUCAGGAAAGUGACGAGCUGACCUGGCAUAUUAUUAUUGGUACAUGCCACAGCAACUCCCUAACAGUACAGGACACAGUGUGGUCUUCAGUCAUCAAGUGCCCAAAGCUGCAGUUCCACAGCCGUGUGGACCCCUAAAGAGUGGCGAUAAGAACUCUUGUCCUGCCUGCCCGACAGCUUUGUAUAUGGCAAACGGUUUGAAAAACUGUAGAGCGCAGUACAAAGUCAAAGAGUAUUAAAGACGGGACCGACCGCUUGAACUAGGGAAGCCCUGAGUAAACAACGGCUCUUGCAAGUUUUGUCUCUUCCCAGCCCCAAGGCCAACAGGCUCCCAAAACCCCACAAGCCUUCCAGACCGGUGCCAGCGGACACGUCAUGCUCCCUGGCGCAUUCUGAUAGGCCUGCUACAAAUAGAGUCGCGGCCCUAUUGGUUAGCCGGUGUAGUCCGCGCGGGGCUUCCUGGGAGGUGUAGUCCUGGGAGCCUCUGGCGCGGGCGAACCGCGGGUGUGACGUUGGAGACUUCGGCCCAGUGGCCCUGUGAGCCGACUGUGGCGGUAAAGAGGUUGAACCUGAUGUGAGAUUUUUAUGAGUGUUCUUUACGUUUUUUAAAUCUUGGAGGUAAUCUCUAUUAAUAAUCAUUUUAUGGAUGGAGUGGUGACUGCCUUGUAGUCCACAUUUUAAAGUAAAUUACUUCGUUGAGCAGUCGUCUUUAGUAUGGAACGUCUUUGCCUUCUCUGUUUGCUCAUAAUGAUUCCCGAUAUAUAUCAGUAGGUUGUACACUACUGAAAGUGCUCAUCAGAAGAUCGCAAAGAGCAGAAACAGAUUGGGUCAGAGUAACACAGCCAACCUCGAGAGAAUUCCCUCUGAGUUGGAAUGAUAAUGACAGAAUCCCGGGAAGUUAUAGACUUAGACCCUCCAGCUGAAACUUCACAGGAGCAGGAAGACCUUCUAAUAGUGAAGGUGGAAGAAGAAGACUGCACCUGGAUGCAGGAGUACAAUCCGCCACCGUUUGAGACUUUUUACCAGCGCUUCAGGCAUUUCCAGUACCAUGAGGCAUCAGGUCCACGUGAGGCUCUCAGCCAACUCCGGGUGCUCUGCUGUGAGUGGCUGAGGCCCGAGCUGCAUACUAAGGAACAGAUCCUGGAGCUGCUGGUGCUGGAGCAGUUCCUGACCAUCCUGCCUGAAGAGUUCCAGGCCUGGGUGAGAGAACAUCAUCCUGAAAGUGGAGAAGAGGCUGUGGCUGUGAUAGAAAGUAUACAGAGAGAACUUGAGGAACGCAGGCAACAGAUUGUUGCAUGUCCUGAAGUGCUUCCUCAGAAGAUGGUACCACCUGGAGCAGUGCAGGAGUCCUUUGAUUCCCAGUUCCUGGCCUUGGACACCCAGCCUGAACAGGAGCCACAGAAGCCUCAUCUUCUGGAGGAAAAUGCCCUUCCUGUUCUCCAAGUUCCUUCCCUUCCCCUGAAGGACAGCCAGGAGCUGACAGCCUCACUUCUCUCAGCUGGGUCCCAGAAGUUGGUGAAAAUUGAAGACGUGACUGAUGUGGCUGUGUCCUUCAUCCUGGAGGAAUGGGGACAUUUGGACCAGUCCCAGAAGUCUCUUUAUAGGGAAGGCAGGAAGGAGAAUUAUGGGAGUAUUACUUCUAUGGAUUAUGAGUCCAGAGACAAUGAUAUGGAGCUCAUAGUAAAGCAGAUUUCCGAUGAAGCAGAUUCACAUUGGAUGACACCAGGAAGCACUGAAAGGAAUGUACCCCAGAGUCAAGAGUUUGCCGAAGUUAGUGACCUUAAGGGCAUGGUACAGAGGUGGCAGGUAAACCCCACUGUGGGGAAAUCCAGGCAGAAUCCUUCCCAGAAGAGAGAUCUUGGUGCCAGCACAGGCAUUAACCGCAGGCAGAACACAAACGGCGAGAGGGGCCACAGAUGUAACGAUUGUGGGAAAUUUUUCCUUCAAGCUUCAAACUUUAUUCAGCAUCGGCGAAUCCACACUGGAGAAAAACCAUUUAAGUGUGGCGAAUGUGGGAAAAGCUAUAAUCAGCGCGUACACCUCACGCAGCACCAGAGGGUCCACACUGGUGAGAAGCCCUAUAAGUGUCAGGUGUGCGGCAAAGCUUUCCGGGUGAGCUCCCAUCUUGUGCAGCACCACAGCGUCCACAGUGGAGAGAGGCCCUAUGGGUGUAACGAAUGUGGGAAGAACUUCGGCCGCCAUUCACACCUAAUUGAACACCUGAAACGCCACUUCAGAGAGAAAUCCCAAAGAUGCAAUGACAAAAGAAGUAAGAAUGCAAGAUUGAAUGUUAAGAAGAAAAUAGAAUUUUCAGAAGCAGACAUAGAACUAUCAGGAAAAAUCCAGAGGAAUGCCUCUCAAGUUCAAGGUUUUGGAGAAGGUUAUGAACACCAAGGCAAGGCAGAUAGAAAGCAGGGAAUUUCCAUGAAAGAGAUAUUAGGACAACCCUCUUCAAAGAGGAUGAAUUGCAGUGAAGUCACCUAUGUCCACAAAAAAUCCUCUGCAGGAGAGAGACCACACAAAUGUAAUGAAUGUGGAAAGAGCUUUAUUCAGAGUGCACAUCUCAUUCAACAUCAGCGAAUACACACUGGGGAGAAACCAUUUAGGUGUGAUGAAUGUGGGAAAAGUUACAAUCAGCGUGUGCACCUCACUCAACAUCAGCGGGUUCACACUGGUGAAAAACCCUAUACCUGUCAUUUAUGUGGGAAAGCAUUUAGAGUGAGGUCCCAUCUUGUUCAGCAUCAGAGUGUGCACAGCGGGGAGAGGCCCUUCAAGUGUAAUGAAUGUGGAAAAGGCUUUGGGAGACGGUCACACCUUGCUGGACAUCUGCGACUACAUUCAAGGGAGAAGUCACAUCAGUGUCAAGAGUGUGGAGAAAUUUUUUUCCAGUACGUUAGCCUAAUUGAACAUCAAGUGCUACACAUGGGUCAGAAAAAUGAAAAAAAUGGCAUUUGUGAGGAAGCAUAUAGUUGGAACUUGACAGUGAUUGAAGAUAAGAAGAUUGAGUUACAAGAGCAGCCUUAUAAGUGUGAUAUAUGUGGAAAAGCUUUUAAUUACAGCUCAGACCUUAUUCAGCAUUACAGAACUCAUACCGCCGAGAAAAUCCAUAAAUGUGAUAUAUGUAGAGAAAAUGUUGGCCAGUGUUCCCACAUAAAACAACAUCAAAAAAUCUGUUCCAGCACAAAAUCCCACCAGUGUAAUGAAUGUGGAAGAGUCUUCACUUUGAAGUCACAUCUUAAUCAGCAUCAGAGAAUCCAUACCGGUGAAAAACCCUUUCAAUGUAAAGAAUGUGGAAUGAGUUUCAGUUGGAGUUGCAGCCUCUUUAAACAUCUGAGGAGCCAUGAGAGGACAGAUUCCAUAAACAACUUAAGUGUAUAGGUGUUUCUGUUGAAAAACAGCCCAACUUUUGCUGUUUAGCCCAACAGCCUUCCUGAAGAGAAAGUUUCCUUAACUACUAUGAGUGUAGUAAUGACGUGGAGCAUUUUUCCAGCGUAACCAUCAAACCUAUGGGUGUGUUGAAAUCCUUCAGUUAGAACGCAACUUUAGGAACCUGGAGCGUCCACAAUAAAGAAAUUCCUGUUUGCUUUUCCCGUUGAGAAGCACUUUGAUUAGCAUCCUCAUGCUUGAAAAUAGACAAAAAGAACCUCUGAAGACACCCAAUGAAGGAAAGCCUUUAGAUGACACUAUUUGAGACUCAGAAAACUGACACUGGGAAAAGCCUCAUGAAUGCAGUAGAAAUAAGCUUUAUUUGUAGUUUUGGCCUUGUUUGACAGUAUAUCUAUUCAGGGAAGAGUGCAGUGAAAGAAAGAACUCUUUAGCAUGAUAUCCGUUUUGGUACCUCAGCAAUGAAUCUUUUCUAGAAAUAACUACCCCACCACUAGAAUACUCCAUUGUUCCCACCUUGAGUAUUAAACCCUUUGAAAAGAAAUGGAUUAAAGGGAUCUCUGUUUUGACAAAAUUGGGGCUCAGGCUGGAUGGGAUGUGCUCCUGCUGCCUUAUUCAACCUACAACUUCUCCAUGAAACACUAACACUAGUUUUGAUUCUUCUAGCAAAAAGGUUGGCUAGUAGAGUUUGUGAGGAACAAUGCCAGCUAGUCAUAUCUUGUGGUAUGGGAGCAAAACCUUUGGGUGAUUGAGAAGACAGGAGAACUAUAGACUGGUUUAUAUUAUAUUAUUCACAAGGAAAAGGACAGCUAAAUCCAAGUUGAAUCAAAAACCUUGGUCCAAGCAGUAGGUAUGCCAAUCCCAGGUACCCUGGGGGUAGGCCUCCCCUAUAGAUAGGGGGAUGGCAUGGAGAAUGAGGUUCAGUUUACACUGCAGCUGGAAUGGAAAAACAGUAACAAGGAACAGAAAGGAACAUGGUUGGUUAGCUCUGCUGUGUGGGAGCUCUUGUUAGAAGAUGACAUGGAUAAGAAUGUUGACUUGAUCCUGUUUUCCAGAGAGGGCAAGAGCACUUCUGCUGACUUUGCCUGUGCACAGUAAGUGCCCACUAAGUAUUAAUUAGAUGUGUGGUGCAGGUGGUUU